UUGCGCGCGAGAAAUGCCUCCACGCAAAUCUCAACGUAGGCUUGCGUUCCUUCUGUGGAACAGCACAAGCGAAGAGAACAGGAACAAGAAAGAGGAGGGAAGAAAGCUGGCAAGAACCGUACCACGAACCCUCCCAAAGCCGGUCUGAAAUGAUGAAACGAAACCUAGACGGGGUUUGUUGGUCCAUGGAACACAGCUGAUUUGCUUGGUCCACUUUUAGAUUAUCGAAAGGCAUCAAUUUUGAACCGGAUGCUUGUGCUUGUGACGAGGAUCUUAUCGAUUCUGGAGCUUAUUAGUGUGCACCACAAUUAGGUUGAAUUAGGACACUGAUCGUCUUUGAGUGGUCUGGAAUCCAUUCAAGUGAGAAGAAUAGUUGUUCAGGUCAUGGUCUUCAGUGCAAGUGUUCCAUCCUUACCUUCUUUUGAGAAGGAGAACAAGGGAGGAAGGAGAAAAAAGUAGUCGUCGGACGACAGCGUUCGAAGAGGAAAUGAUGAGUUGAUUUGUCAGUCAGUUGGAAUGGUCUGUUGGAACAAGACCAAUUGUCCAAGUGGAACAAGACCAAUUCCCUUGAGGUUGGAACCUUUUUGACGAGUUCUGUCACACCUUGGCAUGGAACAUCUCAUACCGCGAAGAAUGCUAUACCGAAACGCACCCUGGAUCCUUCUUUUGGUGUGCAUCUUCUUGGUGCUAGUCAUUUACACCACGGAUGAUAGGUCACCAAGUCCUGGGAAAGCAUCAUUGGAGAGUGCUAGGAUGGCUAGCCAUUUGGAUCCGUCUCCAGGCAAAUUUGUCCAAAGCACUGUGUUCACCUCAAAAGCUUCCAUCCGUCCAAAUCCUUUGGUGAUUGGGAAAAACAAGACGAGGCUGAAGACCAUUUUGUAUUGGAACGAGUUCUACGGUCGUUACGAUACGUACGAUUUUGGCUAUGGUCGUCAGGCGUUCUUGGACAACCAGUGUCGGGUGUCCACUUGUUUUGCUACACAAGAUCGCUCGCUCCUGCCUAUUGAUCAGUUCGAUGCCAUCAUCAUACACAUCCGAGGUUUGCCAAAUGAUAUUCCAGCCCAGCGAAGCCCUCAACAACGCUAUGUGAUGCUUUCCAUCGAGGCUCCGAUCUAUCUCUUCGAGUAUCGGGAUCUUAACCGCCUCCAUUUUAACUGGACCAUGACAUAUCGCAUCGACUCGGAUUUUCCCAUUCCGUAUGCGUGGAUAGAUAACGUCAAGCCACUGCCGGCUCCUUUAGGAUCCACUCUACUCCAGAGAUUUAUUGUGAAGCACGGCAAAGAGGCCGCCACAUUGGGCCCAAAUUUGGCGGAUGACAAGAUUGGUCUGGCGGUUCAAUUCGUUUCCAACUGUCACUCAGCCAGCCACAGGGAGCAUUAUGUUCGGGAGCUUCAAAAGCAUAUCCCCAUCGACAUUUAUGGCAAAUGUGGACAGUUCAAGUGCGCCAAAGACAAAGGCAUGGCUUGUUUCCGGAUGGCAGAGAAGAAGUACAAAUUCUACUUGGCCUUUGAGAACGCUCUUUGCAAGGACUUCGCCACCGAGAAGUUCUUCACCAUGUAUAGCCUUAACAUGAUUCCGGUCGUAUUGGGCGGGGCCAACUAUUCCAGUUUUGCACCGCCCCAUUCGUUCAUCAAUGCAGCGGACUUUGAUUCUCCGAAAGCAUUGGCUCAUUAUCUGAAGAUCUUGGACUCGGAUGACGCCAAGUUCAACGAGUAUUUCUGGUGGCGAGACUUCUAUCGGAGACAGUUUCAUCACCACCGGAGCCUUUGUGACCUUUGUGAGCGGCUGCACACGGACAGUCGGCCUUCGACCUAUUCUGAUAUGCAAGACUGGUGGGUCAAGCAAGCCGAUUGCACAAAUGCCUUCAGCCGUUCUUCAUUAAAAGAUUACUAUUGAAUUUAAGCUCAAAUCACGUACAAUAUACAAGCUUCAUGAUUCUCUAAUUUUGAAAUUUCAAACUUCCUUCUCAGAAUUAAAUUUAAAAAAGAAGAACACGACCGUCUUUCCAUGUCUGUAAACCAUAUGAUUACUCGCUUUUCUCUCGUUACAAGGUCAAAAGCCCGCAUGACAGUUCAUUCUUUUUCACUAAAUCCUAAAAAUGGACAUCGGCAUAAAAUGGUUGUCUAUGAAAAAAUAAUUUGAAUUAAAUCCAGGCCAAUCAUUUCAA